AUGGAGGAUCUGGCGCCGAUAACGGCCAUGGCGGCGAAGAACGUUCCGGCGCGCGUCGCUCUGGGGUUCGACGUCAAGGAAGACUCGUCACCCACGGCGGUGGUUCCGGUCUCGUCACUGUUGCGGGAUGGAUCGGGAUCGAGCACGGAGAGUGGCGAUGGGGUGGAGAGUCUCUUGAACGCCGAUGAGUUAACGGUACCGAACAGAGACAUUCGAAUCAUGCUGAAGAGUGGGUCAUCCAAGCCGAUGGAAGUAUUGCGUUCGCACGCGGUGACUUCGCUGACGCUGGCGAUGAAGCCGGAGUGGGUGUCGAAGCACCGUCACGUGUUUGCGCGAUCAAGCCGGUUGUUACUCGGAGAUCAAGCGCUCCCGGAGAAUUUGAGCCGGGACGAAGUGUACAACAAGUUGGACAAUCCGCAUGAGUACAGUGAGGUGGUGAUGAAGCUUGCAGAUCUGCAAUAUAUUCGCGUCAAGGCCGUGGUGAACAUCAACGAAGCGGGUGACAUCGACGAGCGCGAGUACUGGUUGCCUCUGAACAAAUCGCAAACCAUCGGAGAGAUCAAGCGACUCGUCGCCACGGCUGAUGAUUUGGAGUCGAGCAAGGACAAGCUUCUUGACAACGUCGAUAUUUCGACGGGUAUGAGCAUGGUCUUGCGCGGUAAAGAGUUGUCUAAUGAAUCGACGAUGGAAAGCGAAGGCUUGGAGCACAACGCGCUGGUCCACCUAUUUGUCAAGAAGGGUUCCGACGUGAACGUGUCCAUGCGCGGCUCAAGCAGUUUGGAGAUUCAUGUGAACGUAAACAAGACCGCGGAUAGUCUGCGCGACCAGCUUCACAUGAUCAAGCCUGGUUCGGUAGAUAGCGCGCAGUACACGCACGUUCGAAGUGGGAGCGUUUCCAUCUUCCCGGGUCGCAGCAGCUUGCGAAGCGGGCCGCUCAGCUCGUACGGAUUCUGCGAAGGAGGAUCUCUCGAACUGCGUCCGUAUCAGCCGCGAGUCUCACCUCGUACUUCGCCACUUACAAAUUCGAUGGCAAUUCCAUUAUCAUCUUCAGCGGCGGCGUACGGCGCACAUUCGUUCGGCGGGCGCAUGACGUCUUCAUGGGGCGUGCGGGCCGCAACAAAUUCGUACCGGGCCGGCAGCGCCUCGGAUAACUCCACGUCUCCUCCGAGCGCGCCAAUCACGCCGAUAGGUAGCCCUGGUACGCUCUCUGCAUCCUUUGACAUGGCGAGAGAAGGAUUGCUCAUGGGCAAAGCUCCACAGCUUUCGCAAGGAGGCAACGGUGGUGCUUACUUUCUGAAGGGCGCAGACGGAAGAACGGCGGCCGUUUUCAAACCAGCCGACGAAGAGCCAUACGCACCGAACAACCCAAGAGGACAUCGAAGCAGCCACAACGGCGAGGGCAUGCGUAAGGGCACGCGGGUUGGAGAGGGAGCCACACGCGAAGUGGCCGCGUACUUACUCGAUCACGGUGGCUUCGCUGGAGUUCCCGCGACGUCGCUCGUCAACUUGACGGACGGCACCGAAGAGGACGAAGGCAAACUUGGGUCGCUUCAAGAAUAUGUUGAGAACACCGCGGAAGCUGAAGAGUACGGACCAAGCAUGUUUCCAACGGAAGAUGUGCACAAAAUCACUGUGCUUGACAUUCGCCUGGCGAACACUGACCGAAACGCCGGCAACAUUCUCUGCCGAAGUGAUGAAGAGGGCAACAUCGUGCGCUUGAUUCCGAUUGACCACGGUUAUGCUUUGCCUCACACUCUGGAAGACGUCUGUUUCGAGUGGGAGUUCUGGCCUCAAGCUUCAGUGGCUUAUAGCGACGAGAUCAAGGAAUACAUCGCUGCUCUCGAUGCAGACGCCGACAUCGAAUACUUGCGUGAGAACGACAUCGAGCUCCAGGCAUCAUCCGAGCGAGUCCUUCGUGUUUGUACUUUACUUUUGAAGGAAUCGGUGAAGAGAAACUUCACCGCGGCGAACAUCGCCGCCAUGCUCAGUCGGACCAUGCCAAACAGAAAAUCAGACGUAGAAAAAAUCGCCGCCCAGGCGGCGUCGACGGCCAUUGCGGAGGGUCGCUCCGAACGCGGCCUCCUGGUGCACAAAUCACCGGAGAACGGUUCGUUCUGGAACGAUUUGGCGGGUGACGAGGUCGCGGAAUCGCGUUUCAUGAACCAGUUUGCCAAGCUCCUCGAUGACUACCUCGAAAACUUUGAGCCCGAGGACAAGUGA